CCCCCCCCAAUAUUUUCUUAAAUGUUCUGUAUCGUGCCCCCUCCCCCUUCAAUAUUUCAAGGCCUGCUACGCCUGUGGACUGUAAGAUAUUCUGUGCAACUUUCAUUAUUUUUUUCUCAAUCUCAUAAUUCUCAUUUCCCACCUUUGUUUUUGCAAUCUAUAUGAUAAUUUAUAUCUUCCUCUAGGUUCCUAUUGCGUUUAAUUUCCGUCAAUUCUCUUAAAUGUUUGAAUAGUAUUCAUGUAUGCUCCCCUGUGAUAUUUGACUAGCAGUGCGUUCAAUUUCCUGUAAUUGUUUAAUUUUUUAUCUAUGUAUUUCCUAGUCUGUUCGCCUAGUAGUGAUGUAUGUUCCCCUGUAAGAUUCGAUAACUUUGUUACUUUUACGCAAAGGGAAAAAUUAUCACUUCAAUCACUUAACCCAUAUGACAGUUUGCACCCGGUGUGGAAAGAGAAUGUAAAGGAGACAGGUGGUCAACUCUUUCCAGGGAAGAAAGCAAUAAAGGAUAUACAAGCUUGAAAAAAAACUCAAGUUACGACUACCCGUGUUACCAUUAAACCAAAUUGGCGCAAGAAGGCCAGAUAACACAAGAGGAGUUUGUCAUCUACGCUGUGUUAAACGGGAUAAUCUUUCCCGCUAUCGUCCUGAAUGCUUUAGUCAUUGUCUCAAUAUGGCGAACACCAGCGCUUCACACACCCUCCAUGGUUCUCUUGGGUACCCUUGCCCUGUCGGAUUUUUCCGUUGGAAUCCUUGCUCAGCCACUUUUGGUUGCCUGGGCAGCUAUAGAACUCAGGGCUAGCGAGUGGCCGAAGAUGUACUGCGACAUUGCCACUGCUAAUAGUAUUUGUACAACAUAUUUCGGCUUUUUUUAAACCAAUAGAAGAAAAACUAAGUAAACAAUCACAAUUUUCUUAGUAGCAAUUUUUCAUUGUGUAAAUAGUAAUUGAGACGGCGGGGAAUCAAGCCUACCCUGACUUCCAAAAACAAAUCAUAUGUUGAAUAAAAGACAGAUAAAAGUCAAUACGAAAGUAGAUUUGAAAAAACAGGUGUUCUAUUGUUCCUUGGACCCUUUUUUGAGUUUGGAAGAUAUCAGUCCCAACCAUUUGCCAGAGAAAAAUACGAGAUAAGAGUCAGAAGCUUAAUUUUAAAAUGUCAUCUUAUAACUAUUCGUGUUACCAUUUCACCAAGACGGUCCAAGAAGGCCAGAUAACACAAGGAGAGUUUGUUGUCGUCGCUGUGUUAAACGGGAUCACAAUCAUUCCCGCCAUCGUUCUGAAUGCUUUAGUCCUUGUCUCAAUAUGGCGAACACCAGCGCUUCACACACCCUCCAUGGUUCUCUUGGGUACCCUUGCCCUGUCGGAUUUUUCCGUUGGAAUCCUUGCUCAGCCACUUUUGGUUGCCUGGGCAGCCAUAGAACUCAGGGCUAGCGAGUGGCCGAAGAUGUACUGCGACAUUGCCACUGCUAAUAGUAUUUGUACAACAUAUUUUGGCGCUGUUUCUCUUCUAAGCAUUACUGCGGUAGCAGUUGAUAGGUUUUUGGCUUUGCACCUUCAUCUGAGAUACACAGCUAUUAUCACGGUCAAGAAAAUCACAUUUGUUUGUAGCGGGAUGUGGUUACUUGCAGUAGAAUUUGGAUUAUCGGUGAUUCUAUUUGGAAUAAGAAAAUUUAGCAUUGCACUCUGCGUUGUUGUGGGAAUAUGUGCAGUUAUCAUCAUCAUUAGCUACUUUAAGAUCUACAGCGUUAUACGGAAACAUCGGAACCAAAUCCAAGUGGUUGCACCAGUCAACACAUCUUGUGAAGACUCUUCCAUCUCAAAUGUCACCUUAAGCUUAAAGUACCGAACGUCCGUGCGGAACUCUUUGUACAUAUAUUUAGCAUUCGUCUUGUGUUACAUUCCUUGCUUUGCAGCAUUUGCGUACUAUGAUAUAACAGGAGACAAUCAUGGUUUUGCGACAUUUGCAAAAAUUUCAAUCUCAAUAGUCUUAAUGAAUUCUGGUAUAAACCCUAUUAUUUACUGCUGGAAGAUGACUGAGCUUCGCUAUGCAGUUCGAAAGACUGUACCUUUUUCUUAAAGAACAAUAGGACUUAUGUGGUAUAAGCCACAUUAGGGGACGAGUUUGCCCUACGAACCGUGCGGCUCAAAAUACAAGAUGGCGCCCUAUCAUCGAACGGAGCGGGUUUUCCACGAUAAUAACACCGAGUACCGCUUGCAGGUAGGCUAAAGCUUAACGGCACAGGGAAAUGUGUAAAAUCGUCUUGUCCCUAUUUUCUUAUCGUACAAGAGGGCGUGAGCCUCUCAAGGGUAGUAAAGACAGCGCUCGACAGUCUGUAAAUGUACCUAAUAAAAUCAUCAAGCAUAAAUA